AGGAAGGUGAUCUCCGCGUCUCACUCUUCCGCCAUCUUGAAGCUCCUCCCCGACAUGACUCAUUUUAAAAUCCAGUAUUCGUUAAUGAAUGCUAUCUGUGAAAAAUAUUUCUUCAUUGUCAUGAAUUUCUGUAAUUGUUUGAGGGUCAUAGUGGCCAAGGUGGAAAAACAUUCACCAGAAAAACGUUAAUUAUUAAUAGCAAUUACUUGGAAAGAAUAUAAAAGGAUUCUUCAAUUCAAAUGAUAGAAUGUACUCUAUAAAGAUUCAUCUGAAAUAAUGAAGACUGUUAGAACCAUAUCUUUGCUUGUUUUCUUCAGCUCCAUUAAAUGUCAGACUCUUCAGAGAAGUUUACUAGAUGCAGAUAGCUGCUAAGCUGUUUUGAAGCUAUUGAUGUUAAAAGGAAGACACUGUUUUCAACAGAGAGCAUGUGUAUGUGCCAUGCAGCACUCUAAUAGCCAGAAUUAUCUAGAGGAGAACUUAAGAGCUGUCACUAGUAUUAUGGUUGCACAGUUUCUUCAGAAAUUGACUUAUGAAAAGGUACAAACCAUAGUUAAAGAAUUGCUAGAUCUUGCAGAGAUGUGCAAGAGCCUCAAGCCACAUGAAUCACCUUCAGAAUGUUGUCACCAAUUGAUGCCUACCUUCCUAGAGCAUAUUUGCAAUAACCAAGGGUUGGCUGACAGACAUGUGUUUUCUGACUGUUGCAAUACAAAUAACUCAGCAAGACACAAGUGCUUCCUGUCAUACAAAAAGGAUGUUGCAGGUUACAGUGAUAUAUUCCAAAUUUCAAAUCCUGAGCAGAUCUGUGAGAUGGACAAAGAGAAUCAUGUGCCAGUGAAAGAGAAGUACAUUUAUGAAACUUCUAGGAAGCAUCCAUUCUUGUAUGGACCCACUAUUCUGACCAUGUCUGCUUGCUAUGAAACAGCUGUUCGGUCUUGUUGCCAAGAAGAAAAUAAGACUGAAUGCUUCCAGAUAAAGCUAGAACCCAUCAGAAAAUACAUUAGAGAAAUAUCUUCGAGGCAUCACCACUUAUGUGAGAUUGGGAUUAAAUUCAACCACAAAGUAGCAAAAGCAGUGGAAUUGGUUCUGUUGACUAAAAAACAACCUAAAGCUAACUUUUCUGAAAUUGCCAAACUGGCCAUGGAUAUUAAAAAUCUGCAUCAGAUCUGUUGUGAAGGAAAUACAGUAGCGUGUGUGCUUGGCAGAAGCCAGCUUAUGAACUAUACCUGCUCUAAACAGGCUACGCUAUCCAGCAAGAUCACUCCAUGCUGUGAGCUGCCAGAACCAUUCUGAGGGGAAUGCAUUAUCAACUCAGAAAAUGACAAACCUGAUCUCUCAUCCCUGCCACUUAGCAGGUUUACAGAAGACCAGUUUGUAUGCAAACAAUUCACUGACAAACAAGAUGACUUCCUACAAGAGUUUCUUUAUGAAUAUUCAAGAAGACAUCCAGAGUUGGCAGUUCCAGUGAUUUUAAGAGUGGAUACAGUAUAUCAAAACUUACUAGGAAAAUGCUGUAAAUUAGAAAAUCCUCUGGAAUGCUAUAGUCAUGGGGAAGAGAUGUUUCAAAGAGUGGUUCAUGAAAGCCAUGAGCAUGUGAAAAAUCAGUGUGAUUUACAUGAGAAAUUAGGAGAUAGUAACUUCCAUGACAGGCUCAGAGUCCUUUAUACUAAGAAAGCCCCACAAUCAUCUGCUCAGGAGUUGGUUAUAUUCACGAAGAACAUGGCAGCUUCUGCCACCACAUGUUGCCCACUGAAUGAUGAGCAACAGUUUGUUUGCAUGGAGAACUCGGCAAAGCUAAUUCUUGGAGCUUUAUGCAGAAGACACGAGGCAGAGCCUAUCAAUGCUGGCGUGGGUCACUGCUGUGAUGACUCGUAUGCCUUCAGGAAGCCUUGCUUUGAUGAUCUGCAAGUAGAUGGAACUUACAUUUCUCCACAUUUAUCCUGUGACCAAGUCGUCGACCUUAAUGAGGACUUGUGCAGAGCUCAGGAGGAGGAAUUAAAAACCGAAAAGCAAAAACUUCUCAGCAACCUUGUGAAGCAGGAACCAUAUGCAGCAGAGAUGCAGUUCCAAUCAGUUAUUGUGGAUUUUGCUCACCUGGUGGAGAUGUGCUGUCAAGCAGAGAAAAGUGAAAUGUGUCUCCAAGAAGAGGGGUCCAAACUGAUCAAAAAGUGCCAGUCUCUUUUGGGAGGCUAAAUGAUUCCAGCAUAUGUCAAUGUACAAUCUUUGCUGAGAACUGCUUUUUGUUUUUCAUGAAUAAUGAAAUGCAUGUCUAAUAUUCAAAAGAAGAAUCAACAUCGUUUUUCAGCUACUAGCAAUGUUACUCAGGAACAUUAACUAGUCUACACUAAAUCUCUCCUGUCCUACUCAGCAGAGAAAUCUACUUAUUGUAACUCUCCUACAACCCGCUUCCAUCCCUUCUCUCUCCCCAUAAGCUUUCUACUUCUCAGAAGCAGCAGCAGAAAUAUGAAACCAAGGGGCCUUUCAAAACCUCAGGUGGAUGUAAUGAGCUGCCACAUUGAACUGGGACGUGGCUGCUGGGUUUCUGGAGUGAAAAAGAACCCAAGUCCCAUUUGUGGUUUCUAUCUGUACCACUACUGAAAAUGAUUAUUGAUGAACUGAAUGAAAUGUGUUUUACAAUAAAGGUACUUACAUGACUGUA